AUGAUAAAACGACCAAGCGGACUCCAAAGACAGAUUUUACACUUGUACAGGCAAUUCAUACGGUUAGCGUAUCAGAAGCCGCAAGAGAAUAGAGCUCACUUUGAAAAACACUUUAGGUAUGAAUUCCAGCGAUACAAGGAUUUGCCUCGCAAGGACUUUAGCACCAUUGAACAUCUGCUUAGAGUAGGUCGUCGAAGGUUGGAGCUGUUUUCGUCGCCAGAGGUCAAAGAUAUUCAUUGA